AUGUCCGAUAAUAAUAAUAUCAUUAUCAAUAAUAAAGAUGAUCAUAAUUCUUCAGAUGAUGAAGAUUUUGGAUUGGUAGGGUUAAUCGUUGAAGAGUUAGAAACAUAUAAAUAUAAAUUUUAUGACGAUAUUAAAAUUGAAAUAAAAGGACAAGAAUUACAAAAUGUAAAUGUUCAACCAUCAACAGGAUUAUUACCCUGGCCAGCUAGCAGAAUUUUGUCACAAUUUAUUUCAAAAUAUAAUGAUCAAUUUAAAAAUAAAAAUGUUGUAGAAUUAGGCAGUGGUGUUGGGUUAUGUGGAUUGGUUUCUUCAAAAUACUCAAACUUUACAUUAUUCACUGAUGGUGACGAGAAAUCUUUGCCAUUACUUCAAGACAAUGUCGAGGCAAAUAAAGAUUUAUAUAAAGACAGCAAAAACAAACCAAACGUAGAAAGAUUAUUUUGGGGUAAAACCGAUACAUUGGAAAAAUUUAAAGAACAAUAUCAAUCGAAAUUCGAAUUUGAUAUUGUAAUAGGUUCAGAUUUAAUUUAUGUGGAUGAUUCAAUCGAACCUUUAUUUUAUACAGUCGAUUCAAUUUUAAGCAAAUCUCAAUCCAAUAGUCCUACAUUUUAUUUAUCAUUUUUAGAUCGUAAAAAUCAUCUACCAGUUUUAAAAUCAGUUUCUCAAAAAUAUAAUUUUACUAUGGAAUCAAUCGAAUUAAAUUUUUUAAAUUACGAGCCAUCAACAAUGUCAAAAAUGUUUAUUUUUAAAAGAAUAUAUAACUAA